AUGCCUCCAAGUCCAACUCUUCGAGCGAGGUCAUCCUCCAUUACUCCGAUCGGUCCUAUUGCACAGGGAAGAGUAGCUUGUAAGAGAUGUUUCAUACGGAAAAGGAAGUGUGAUAAGUUGCAACCUCGAUGUACAGCAUGUGUGGAAGCUGGUGUAGAAUGUGAAUCUGGUGUCAAAGGUGUCGAGAGGAAUCUGUUGAUGCAAACUCAGGAGUUACAACGACGUAUAGAUUGGUUGGAAGGAUUAAUACGGGAUAAACAACCUGCACUCCAAAAUAUCAGUUCUAUAUCAACUGGAUCUCCUUUACUCCCACAUUCGACCCGUUCUUCAAUCCUACAAACGAACCCACAGGAAUUCAAUCUCUCUACAUUGGUUUCGGCGAGUUUGUCAAUGCAAAGAGCAGAGAACAUGCCUGAUCAAGGUUACGUCGAAACUCUCAGUCCUAAAAUCCAACACUAUAACAUGGAUCCAUCUCUAUCGGUCUCUUCGGCGAGCCAACACCCCCAAUUCCCCACUAUCGCAAAGGCUUCAGAAAUCGUCAGCCGCUUUUUGGCGAGACAUUUACAAAGUCAUCACUGUGUGACUAAAGAGGGCAUAGAGGAGGAUUUAAGAUUGGUCUAUGGGGAGAACGGUCUAAUCAAUCCGGAUUUCGCAGGAAGCAGAUUUAGAUGUUUCUCGGUGAUUUACCUCGAGUCCAGUCCCGCUUAUCAUGGAGGUGAUACUUCCCUGGAAAGAAUUUAUGGAAUGACUUGUAAGAAUCUGGCGCUGAAAGAGGUUUCCAACGUGAUUGCGAAAGAGGAUUUGACCGCUGUCCAAGCAUUGACGUUGUUAUGCAUCUACGGUGUGGAUAUACCCGGAGGACCGAGUCUCAGUCAAUUAGUCGGUUUUGCUGCCCGUGCAGCUAUGACAAUUAAUAUACACAGACGAGACGAUAUCUACCUUGCGUCAUUGAUGGGAUUAAACCAUGAUCAGGAUGAAUUCAAGAAACAUAAUGAACUCAGGAAAAACAUAUUUUGGGCGAUAUACUGUUUAGAUCGUCUGGCAAGCUUCACAUUGGGCCAGCCGUUAUCCAUCAGAGAUAGUGAUAUCGAUGUGGAUGAUUCAGUCCCUCAGACAAUUGAUUCUUUGUCUGUGGAAGUGUCCAGUAUCGCCCUACGAUGUCAUCAGAUCCACCUUCGUCGAUUAUACGGUAUCGUCAGGGAAACGUUCUACUCGGCAUCCGUAGAUUCAAACAAAACGAUGAAGGAAAAGGAGGAAAUCGUAGCCGAUUUCGUACGUCAAGCUCAAGCCUUAUACAACCAGAGUCCCUUGAAAGCGGCUUUCGCGCCUAUAUCCGAAGCUACUAUCUCUCGUCAGGUGGUAGACGAUAUAUCUUAUCACCAAAUGAUUAUGGCUGCUCAUCGACCAUCUCCUCUCAUAUCUGAAAUCCCUUCAUCGUUCAUCAUGACACUCAAAUAUUCUGCGAGUCUCUCCAUCGAUUUAUAUCGACAUUAUUGUAAAUCCAAGAAAGUCUUGAUUAUCUGGACUCACUUGUAUCAGAUAUUCAUGUCGUGCACCACCUUAACAUACUGUUUCAACGAGUUCCAUCAACGUGAAGACCUAAUCGAUCUCGAUGAGAAAGAGGUGCAUACUAGGAUAGAACAGUGUAAAGAUCUUCUAUCAAAGUUCGGUACUUCAUGGCCUGAAUCAUCAAAAUAUCAAAUCAUAGCAAUUAUGGAUUUCUGGAAUAAUAUCAAUAACAAUCAUAUUGGAAGCCGACAAAAUCAGAAUCAAAUUCCUAUAACUUCGAUUGAUACCGAAUUGCAACAACAAACUUUCUCUUCUACCAAUCUAAAUGGCGAGAUAUCUCCAUCUGCAAGAUCAGAAAAUAACGAACUUGGUCAAACGCAAAGUCAAUUAGUGGGGAAUAUAGAUCAACCGGACGUAUCGAUCUUUGAUCUUUUUGGGAAUUUCCCAAUGUUGGAUCCUGCUUCAACGAAUGAGCAGGAGGGUCAAUCUGCAAGCACGACAGAACAAUUGCUAAACUCGAUGGGACCUCCCUGGGUCUACAAGCCCGGAAAAGUCGCUGUCGUCCUCUCAGGUCGACAAGCCGGUAAAAAGGUUGUUGUCAUCAAACAACAAGAUGACGGAACCAAGGAGAGACCUUACCCCCACGCCGUUGUUGCCGGUAUCGAGCGAUACCCUCUCAAAGUAACCAAGAACAUGGGUAAAAAGAGAAUCGCUAGACGAUCAAAGGUCAAGCCUUUCAUCAAAGUCAUCAACUACGCUCAUCUCCUCCCUACCCGAUACCAACUCGAACUCGAAUCAUUGAAAGGUUCAGUCUCCAACGAAACUUUCAAGGAACCCACCCAACGUGAAGAUGCCAAGAAGGCCAUCAAGAAGGCUUUCGAGGAGAGAUACGCCAAGGGUAACAACAGAUGGUUCUUCUCCAAACUCAGAUUCUAA